AUGAGACACCGCUGAGAAUAAAAAUGUGAGAAGCAAAAACGUCUAUAAAAAGCAGAAGUGCCAUUGAGAGAAAAAAAAGGAUAUGUGAGUUCAGUUGAAGCAGACAGGAAGCCUUGAGGAAACAAUGGACACCAACCACUUGGUUCCUUACUCAGCUGUCGUAAAUCGAACAACGUGAAUGCUGACGGGAGAGAUAGAGACAAGGUUAAACAAAAAAGCAUAAAAUACAGGUAACGCUUUUUGUUAUUAUUUAUCAUCCUUUAUACCACAUAUCAUUGUCAUUUUUAUAUCCAUAGGAACAAUGCUACUUGUUCUUUAUUUAGUUUAGUGUUAGCAUUAGCUAACUUACGUUAGCCGAGGGGGGAGAAACAAGAGUGGUUAACAACUUUGAACAAAACUUGUUCGCAACUUUAAAGAAAACAAAUGUUAAAAUAUUAUUUAUGAUCAUUUAUGCGCCAGUAAUGUUGCCUUUAGGUGGUUUAGACAAAGAUAAGCUUUUAAUUAUUUCGUUGUGUUUUUGAUAGCCAACUUCCGGUGCGUGGGACCGACAUCCGCAACAAUGUCAGGUGGUAAGUUGACACGCUUCCGGUAAAAAUACUUUUGUGUUGUUUAACAUUAUGGGCAGUAUAGUACGAAGUAGGAGGAAAUAAGAAUGCAAAAUAUUAAAAGAUAAGAAAACGAUGAUGCAAAAAAAAGUUUUUAAAUGAGACACCGCUGUGAAUUAAAAUGUGAGAAGCAAAAACGUCUAUAAAAAGCAGAAGUGCCACUGAGAUAAAAAAAAAAGGAUAUGUGAGUUCAGUUGAAGCAGACAGGAAGCCUUGAGGAAACAAUGGACACCAACCACUUGGUUCCUUACUCAGCUGUCGUAAAUCGAACAACGUGAAUGCUGACGUGAGAGAUCGAGACAAGGUUAAACAAAAAAACAUAAAAUACAGGUAACGCUUUUUGUUAUUACUUAUCAUCCUUUAUACCACAUAUCAUUGUCAUUUUUAUAUCCACAGGAACAAUGCUACUUGUUCUUUAUUUAGUGUUAGCAUUAGCUAACUUACGUUAGCCGAGGGGGGAGAAACAAACUUGUUAGCACCUUUUAAAGAAAACAAAUGUUAAAAUAUUAUUUGUGAUCAUUUAUGCGCCAGUAAUGUUGCCUUUAGGUGGUUUAGAGAAAGAUACGCUUUUAAUUAUUUCGUUGUGUUUUUGAUAGCCAACUUCCGGUGCGUGGGACCGACAUCCGCAAUAAUGUCAGGUGGUAAGUUGACACGCUUCCGGUAAAAAUACUUUUGUGUUGUUUAACAUUAUGGGCAGUAUAGUACGAAGUAGGAGGAUAUAAGAAUGCAAAAAAAUAAAAGAUAAGAAAACGAUGAUGAAAAAAAAGUUUUAAAAUGAGACACCGCUGAGAAUAAAAAUGUGAGAAGCAAAAACGUCUAUAAAAGCAGAAGUGCCAUUGAGAGAAAAAAAGGAUAUGUGAGUUCAGUUGAAGCAGACAGGAAGCCUUGAGGAAACAAUGGACACCAACCACUUGGUUCCUUACUCAGCUGUCGUAAAUCGAACAACGUGAAUGCUGACGUGAGAGAUAGAGACAAGGUUAAACAAAAAAGCAUAAAAUACAGCCGACUUCCGGUGUGUGGGACCGACAUCCGCAACAAUGUCAGGUGACUUGUGUGGUGCAUCCGGGCCCAAGCCCCUAAAGCCCCAGCGUUCGCUCCCAGGGACCCCCGUCUCGCUGAAACACUUCCCCGUCGACCUGCGGACCUCCAUGGAAGAGAAGUACAAGGAGAUAGCAGAGGAGCUGUUCACGCGCAGCAUGGCGGAGAGCGAGAUGCGCAGCGCUCCCUAUGAGUUCCCGGAGGACAGCCCCAUCGAGCAGCUGGAGGAGCGGCGCCACCGUCUGGAGAGGCAGAUCAGCCAGGACAUCAAGCUUGAGCCAGAGAUCUUGCUGCGCGCCAAACAAGACUUCCUGAAAAUCGACAGCGCCACAGAUCUAGAGUUAAUGAAGCAGAAGAGUGUUGAUGCUGUUGAUAAUGGCCCUAAGGAGCGGGAAAUGCCAAUGGAGAGAGAGUACCAGCGGGUGUCAAUAUCAGGAGAGGAAAAAUGUGGGGUGCCCUUCACUGACCUUGUGGAUGCCGCCAAGUGCGUAGUGAAAGCUUUGUUCAUUCGGGAGAAGUACAUCAACAGAUCCAUGCAGUCCUUUUGCAAGACCACGGCUCACUCCUUGCAGGACUUGGGCUUGACGCCGCUGGAUAUGCGAAUCUACGACGAAAUCCCAGAGACCCCCGUCGAUGCUGAUGCCCCCGUCCACCCGCCCGUUUCCGAGACGCACCCUUACGACAAUCAGGACCCCAUGAAUAUGCCCUCGGACACGGGAUAUGGCUGCAAGAUGGUAGAAGGCGUCGUGCAUGUCUACACCAGGAAGAGCAACAUGGACAAAAGUACAGAAUUAGACCUGCCGUACCCUGACCUGAAAGAAUACAUUGCCGACAUGAACGUCAUGAUGGCGCUUAUCAUCAACGGCCCGGUGAAGUCUUUCUGCUACCGUCGCCUGCAGUACCUCAGCUCUAAAUUCCAAAUGCACAUCCUCCUGAAUGAGAUGAAGGAGCUGGCGGCCCAGAAGAAAGUCCCUCACCGGGAUUUCUACAACAUACGCAAAGUAGACACGCACAUCCACGCGUCCUCCUGCAUGAACCAGAAGCACCUGCUGCGCUUCAUCAAGAGAGCCAUGAAGAAAUACCCCGAAGAGAUAGUUCACAUUGAGCGCGGACGGGGUCAGACCCUCAAGGAGGUGUUCGAGACCAUGAACCUGACGGCGUUCGACCUCAGCGUGGAUACGCUUGACAUGCACGCGGACCGCAACACGUUCCAUCGCUUUGACAAGUUCAAUGCCAAGUACAACCCCAUCGGCGAGUCCAUCCUCAGAGAGAUCUUCAUCAAGACCGACAACCACAUUGAGGGGAAAUACUUUGCGCACAUAGUCAAGGAGGUUAUGUCAGACUUGGAGGAGAGCAAGUACCAGAACUCUGAACUGAGGCUGUCCGUCUACGGUCGCUCCAGAGACGAAUGGGACAAGCUGGCCAAGUGGGCUGUCACACACCGGGUGUAUUCGGAUAACGUGCGCUGGCUUAUCCAAGUACCCCGCCUUUUUGACGUGUAUCACACAAAGAAGCAGCUGGCUAAUUUCCAAGAGAUGCUGGAGAACAUCUUCCUGCCGCUAUUUGAAGCCACCAUCAACCCGCGGAGUCACCCCGAGGUGCAUCUCUUCCUGGAGCACGUGGUGGGCUUCGACAGCGUGGAUGACGAGUCCAAACCCGAGCACCACAUUUUCAAUCUGGACAGUCCGCUGCCGGCCAACUGGAAAGAGGAGGACAAUCCGCCCUACUCCUACUACCUCUACUACACCUACGCUAACAUGACCGUGCUCAACCACCUCAGGAGGAAGCGAGGCUUUCAUACGUUUGUGCUGAGACCUCACUGCGGGGAGGCGGGGCCGAUCCAUCACCUGGUGUCAGGUUUCAUGCUGUCAGAGAACAUCUCGCAUGGUCUGCUGCUCAGAAAGGCCCCCGUGCUGCAGUAUUUGUACUACCUGGCUCAGAUCGGCAUCGCCAUGUCCCCGCUGAGCAACAACAGCCUGUUCCUGAGUUACCACCGCAAUCCGCUACCGGAGUACCUGUCCAGAGGCCUCAUGGUGUCCCUGUCCACUGACGACCCCCUCCAGUUCCACUUCACCAAGGAACCGCUAAUGGAGGAGUACAGCAUCGCAACCCAAGUAUGGAAGCUGAGUUCCUGCGACAUGUGUGAGCUGGCAAGAAACAGCGUUCUCAUGAGUGGAUUCUCACACAAGGCUAAAAGCUACUGGCUGGGCCCCAGCUAUUUCAAAGCGGGCCCCGAGAGCAACGACAUCCGUCGCACCAACCUCCCCGACAUCCGCGUGGCGUACCGCAGCGAGACGCUCUCGGAGGAGCUUCACCUCAUCACCCACGCCGUGCGCACCGAGGAGCUGGAGACCAUCAACGAGGAGGACUCCCUGUGCAUGGCGCCGCUCCCAAGCAGCCGCUGAUAAGACGAUAAGAACCCCCCUCCGCCCCCCAGUUGCUCUCCGAUCCGGUGAGACCUUACAGGCAAGUGAGAGCGAACCGUUACGCCAAGGAAGCAGUCCUGUCAGUGCACUUAUAUAUUAUAUGUAU